GUGGGGGUGCCGGGGAGCGGAAGGGGAAGUCACCGCUGCCGGCUGCCGGGUCCUGCGUCCGUGCUUUCUGGUCCUACGGAGUCCCCUCUGGUGUCAUCGGGAAGAGAGUCCUAGCAUGUCGCCGUGGUGCGGCCUCUAGGGCUGUGCCAAGCGAAUCCCCGGCUGCGAGCCGCGGCUCGGCUGCCCGCUGCCCGCUGUCGGCGCAGUCGCAGCGCAGGCUCACUGCCCUCUGCUGGCCGCGGGGACGCAGGGACGAGCGCCGCGGGCCGACGUUGCGAGCAGCCUAUUGGGUUCUGACCUGAAAGAUGAAUGGAUAAUAAUCUUUUGGGGCACAAGCAGUGAUCAGCACUCCAGUAAGGGGAACCAGCUUGUGAAGAGAAAUGGCAAGCAGCCUUUUGAAGACAUCAUCUGUGUCAGUAAGGACCAAAUUGCUACAUCAAACAGGAGUGUCACUUUAUAAUACCUCUCAUGGCUUCCAUGAGGAAGAAGUUAAAAAAAAACUUCAGGAGUUUCCUGGUGGAUCUGUUGACCUUCACAAGGAAGACAAUGGCAUUGGUAUUCUUACUCUGAACAAUCCAAGUAAAAUGAAUGCUUUCUCAGGUGUUAUGAUGCUGCAACUCCUGGAAAAAGUUAUUGAAUUGGAAAAUUGGACAGAGGGUAAAGGCCUCAUUGUCCGUGGGGCAAACAAUACUUUCUCUUCAGGAUCUGAUCUGAAGGCUGUGAAAGCACUAGGAACUCCAGAGGAGGGAAUGGCUUUAUCCAUGUUCAUGCAAAACACCUUAACAAGAUUUAUGAGACUUCCCUUAAUAAGUGUUGCCCUGGUUCAAGGCCGAGCAUUGGGUGGAGGAGCAGAAGUUACCACAGCAUGUGAUUUCAGGUUAAUGACUCCAGAGAGUGAGAUCAGAUUUGUCCACAAGGAGAUGGGCAUAAUACCAAGCUGGGGUGGUGCUACUCGGCUUGUUCAAAUAAUCGGCAGUAGACAAGCUCUCAAAGUGUUGAGUGGGGCCCUAAAACUGGAUUCAGAAAAAGCUUUAAAUAUAGGAAUGAUCGAAGAGGUCUUGCAGUCUUCUGAUGAAAUUAAAUCUCUAGAAGAGGCACAAGGGUGGCUAAAGCAAUUUAUCAAUGGGCCGCCAGAAGUAAUUAGAGCUUUAAAAAAAUCUGUUUGUUCAGGCAAAGAGCUUUGUUUAGAAGAGGCAUUACAGAAUGAAAGAGAUCUUUUAGGAACAGUGUGGGGUGGAACUGCAAAUUUAGAGGCUAUUGCAAGAAAAGGAAAAUUUAAUAAGUAGUUUUUAAAAAUAUAAAUGUACUCCAAUGAUUAAUGUUUUAACAUUAAAUGUUCUUGAAUAUGAAUAUCUGAAUUGCUUUGAAAGCUACUACUAGUUUUUAGUAAUUUUGAAUGCUUGUAUUCAUGGGCCUAGUUCUCACCAGAUAUUCAUUUGGAUAUUUAACACAUAAUCUGGGACAUUGGCUAAAACAUAUACCACUUAUGGGCUUAAAAAUUAUUGCUGGAGUAGUUUUUAGUUUAAAACCAAAGAUUAGUUCUUAAAAGGAAUUAAUUCUACACAAAAUCUGUUCCUAGGAUUAUCAUAAGAUUUUUGUGAUCUUACCUGGAAAUAAUUUACAAAAGUAACUGAAUGAACUUUGUAGUUCAAACUGGGAAGGGAUUGGAUAUAACAAGAAAGAAAAGCUGUCAUUUCUUUCCCUAUGCAUAGGGAAAUGACCCUUCAUUUUGAAAAAUGGUAUGAUCCACUAGUAAAUCUGGAGCCUUACUUACUUGAUCUUUUCAAUGAUUACUUUUCUAUUCAUAAUGGACAAUCAUUUGUGUUCCUAGAAUCCUGAAUUAGUAUACUAUAGCUCAUAACAGAUUUAAUGUUGAGACUACUCAGAUUCAUAUAUCACAUUUCAAUUUGAAUUUUUUAAAUAGCUAAUUUUUCUUUUUCUCUUUUAAAUAAAAAUAAGUGAAAUUUUUAUGAUCAUGUUGGUAAUAUACACCUUUAAAAAAUAUAUGUUAAAGAAUUAAGUCUGAAUUCUAUCAUGAGUUAAAAUGUCAAAACAGUGACAAUUCUCCUUUGCUGUUUUUGUUACUGUAAUUGUCAUAUUAGAGAAUUAUAGUAAAAAUGAAUAGGUUUUAUCAACAUCCUACUCUUUUGUUUUGAAAAUAUGGUAGAACAGCCGGCGCUGCCACUCACUAGGCUAAUCCUCCACCUGCUGCGCCGGCACCCCGGGUUCUAGUCCCAAUUGGGGCGUCAGUUCUGUCCCGGUUGCUCCUCUUCCAGGCCAGCUCUCUGCUGUGGCCCAGGAGUGCAGUGGAGGAUGGCCCAAGUGCUUGGGCCCUGCACCCACAUGGGAGACCAGGAGGAAGCACUUGGCUCCUGGCUUCGGAUCAGUGCAGUGCGCCGGCCGUAGUGGCCACAUGGGGGGUGAACCAACGGAAAAAAGAAGACCAUUCUCUCUAACUCUGUCAAAAUAAUAAUAAUAAUAAAAUAUGGUAGAACAAACUCAUGUUACUUUGUUUUCAGAGACAAAUUAUAGAUUACCAUGUUAACAUAAUACUUAUUACUUUGCCAUAGAAAUAAAAGCUGCCUCCCAAAAGUGGUCUGCACUACAGCAUUUUGUGUUAUGUGAAUUCAUGUCUACUGAUAUUUUUAAGUAAUAUAAUGUGCCAUGUAAUCCAGUGUUAGACUUAUAAGGAAGAUAUAAAGUAUUUAUGCUAUCAACUAUUUGAGAAAUUUACAUGUCACAAGCUUUAGGUUUACUUCCACACAUACUUCUUCCAUAUAUAUGCCUGCAGAUUCUGUUCAAAUUUUCCCUAUGAGGAAAUCACUUUUCUGAGCAGAUGACCAUUUAAGCUGUGUACAACCAAUUUAAACCAUCAUCUUUCUAGUUACCUUUUCUACAAAUG